GAAUCGUAAACAUUUAUCGAUAUAACUUUUUCACUACACAUGCCUUCUGAAUUUUAAUAAAAUGGAAAAUAUUAAAAGAGCUUGAGCUCCAAGUUUAAAUAAAUAUUCAGCGGUGCUACAUACGCCCGGUAGUUAAAUGUGCCCUGAAAUUAAUGUGAUGUCGACUGUGUGUGAUGGCGGGUAAAGAGUUAGUAAGCCAUCAGCAACAGUUUGUUGAAGAAAUUAAUUACGAUGAAAUUGAAACCGAGCAGGUAGUAGGAAAAGGAUCUUUUGGAGUAGUAUGGAAAGGAAAAUGGAGAGGACAAUAUGUUGCUAUAAAAUAUAUAAAUUCAGAAGGUGAAAAGAAGGCCUUCACCGUAGAAGUUAGACAAUUAUCAAGGGUUGUGCAUCCCAAUAUUGUAAAACUUUAUGGUGCAUGCACUAAGAAUCCAGUCUGUUUAGUUAUGGAGUAUGCUGAAGGCGGUUCUUUAUAUAAUGUUCUGCAUUGCAAUCCUCAGCCACGAUAUACUGCAGGACAUGCAAUGAGUUGGGCAUUACAAUGUGCACGUGGAGUAGCAUAUCUUCAUAACAUGAAACCAAAACCACUAAUACAUAGAGAUUUAAAGCCUCCCAAUUUGUUAUUGGUAAUGGGGGGACAAACUCUUAAAAUAUGUGAUUUUGGCACAGCAUGUGAUUUAAACACAUAUAUGACCAAUAACAAAGGUUCUGCUGCUUGGAUGGCUCCAGAAGUAUUUGAGGGUUCUAGAUAUACAGAAAAAUGUGAUGUGUUUAGUUGGGGUGUUAUUUUAUGGGAAAUAUUAUCAAGAAAAAAACCAUUUGAUGAAAUUGGUGGUUCAGCCUAUAGAAUAAUGUGGGCAGUUCAUGUUGGACAGAGGCCCCCUUUAAUUGAAGGUUGUCCAAAGCCAAUUGAAGAUCUUCUGACCAGAUGUUGGCACAAAUUUCCUGCAGAGAGACCAUCAAUGGAUGAAGUCGUUGAAAUAAUGACGAUUUUAUCACAAUUUUUCAGUAGUCAUUUAGAACCUGUUGAAUAUUCGCCAAACGCUGAAUCAGAAGAAGUUAACGAGAAUCAUAAUUCUAAAUACGACUCCGAUUCAGAAUAUGAUACUGAAAAUAAUGGAUGCAUUGAUAACAGUACCAUCAAAGCUAGUAUUCCUGAUUCUAAACAAGAACCAGAAGUUCAAAAUGGAGAAAAUAGUUCAUCCAAUUUGUUGCACGAUUUCAAGAAUCCGCCUCCUAAAAAUAGUAAUUCAGUAAAUGAUGUAACCAAUAAAAAAUCUCAAAUAAAUAAUUUUCCACAACUUUACGUUGAGUGUGAUCCGAAUUCUUGGGAAUUGUCGAGUUCUGAAGCUUCAUUAGAAUCACCCAUUCUAAAGAUAAAGAAUCCUGGUCAGAGUAACAGUACAACGGAUAAAGAUUUGGACAAUGUUUACCGCCUCCUGGAUGCUGAUCUGAGGCCACUGACACCUGAUCAAACUUGUGAAAGGUCCAAAGAAAUCUUUGAAGAGCAUAAACAACUUGCGCAGGAAUAUUUGAAAGUCCAAACAGAGAUCGCGUUGUUGAGCCAGCAUAAAAACGAAAUGCUUAAAAAUUUGACUAUAGACAGUCUGAGGCAGCAAGAGGAACUCAGGAAGCUUGAAGAGGAGAAGGGAGCCUUGAUACAACUGUAUCGCAACUUGAAACGACAGUUAGAAAUUAUGAAGAACCAAAGAGUGAACAAUGCCCUAUUGAGCAAUGCUCAGAUGGGACCAACAGUUUCAGGAAACAAUGGAUGGUUCGUGGUGCCGUGUCAAGAUCCUUCGAGACAUUCAUGAAUAUCUAUAUUAGAUAAGUUCGAGAUUUAAGUCAAAUUCUUUCUUGAUAUUAUUUUUGUGAAAGAAGUUCCCUGCUUCCUUUUGGCGGCGAACAUGAGACAUCGAUUUCCUCGCGAACCUAGCAAGAAUUUUUUUUAUAAAAAUGGGUUCAAUCGUUUCUGAAGAAACUAGUUUACAGUAUAUUUUAUUUUGCGAGAUGGUUCUGCGUGUCAUGAUGCAGUAAUUAGGCGCGAUUGAACACGUGAAAGGUACUGGUUUUUUUCUUUUUGCAUUUGACAAUUUUUACAGUGUAACUUGGUUAAAAAUACUCAUGCUACAAUAUUAAAAAUUUACAUGAAAACUUUUUUGUCUUUAGACUGCUUGGUGAACAAAAUGUAAUAGAUGUAGCAUGUGUCUCUUUUUCACUAAAGAAUGAAAAGGACCAUAUAAAUGGAACUUUCAUUGCUAAACUUUUGCUACCAAUAGUCUGCCGCUGAAAAUUUGAAUAUUUUAUAUUUAGGAAGCACAAGUAUGAAGGGGAUUUUCUGCGGGUUAAAAUAUAGUGAAACUGCACUGUAAUAUAUCUAUGAAAUUUUUUAUUGAAAAUGCUAGGUUUUUAUUUAAAAAGAAAGAAAUGUCUAGAAAUUUUUUUUAUUUUUAUUUGUUAUUUAAAUGUCUUUCAGAAUAUCAGAAUCUAUGGUUUUAAGAGUAUACUUUGCUUUAUCUAUAAAAUUAAGAAAAAAAAUCAAAAGUGAUUUAUUGUUCUAGCAGAAACGUUUAAGUUGUGAUUCACUGAAAAUUGCUAAAUAUAAAUUGAAAACACAAUGAAAUAGUAUUUAUGAUUCCUAAAUGUGAUUGUAUACAGUUUGAAGUAUUUCUUAAAUCAACAAUUGGCAAUCAACUAAUUGCCAGCGAUAUAGUGAUUAGUGUACAUGUUUAUAUAAGAAG